CCCAGCCUCUGUCCUACUUGUCAGUGUCGCUGUUUUUCAGAUCAGGAGACGAAUUCAUGUGAGCCUGAUUGCUCAGAGGAGUUUGCACGGUAUUACAUAUUGUCUCAUCACCUCCGUUCUUCUGUGAAGAGGUCAAACAUACUACAGCUAGCAAAAGAACUACAUUUGUCCGGAUUUUCUUCACCCGGAAAGCCCGCUGUUAUCAUAGUCGAAGGGAAAACAUCAUCAUGUGAAGAGUUUUGGAGAGAAGUGAAAUCGUGGUCAUGGCAGCGAAUUUCAUUACGACAUUCAGAGGUGCUGAAUUCACCAGAGGAUCGGAGGUUUACCGAGUUUUCUGAAAUUCCUCCCAAUCCUUCAGGCACUCCAAUGGGUAUGUUAAACGGUUAUUAG